GCGAGCUAACGCAACGCCGUCGUCGUUGUCGCCCCCAAAACAGGCAGCGACGCACGCAGAGACACACACACACCGUCGCCAACUCACCACUCGAGCUCGAGCGAAAAACGAAAAGCAGACGACCCCUCGGCCCCCCGACUUGUCCACCCUCGACGUGCGCAGCUUGCUUCCUCCCGCAAUCAGUGUCACUCGGCAGCAGCCAAUUGUUCCGAUUGUUUAUUGUGCGCGGUGGCUAUUUGCAAGGAUUUGCUCGUCAACAACAAUCAUCCUGUGCGUGUGCCGUGUGUGUGUGUGCGCGCGUGAUAUGUAUAUGUAUAUCGUAAGAGAGCGGCAACGGAACCAAACGUUCGACGGCCAAUUAGUGCGACUGUAAUCAGUCAAGAGUGUGAUUGUAGCGGGCAGCGCAAGUGCGAGUGCGAACACGAAAGAGAGUCCGAGAGUAAAGCUGUGAUAAGUAGAGAUAUUGCGAGAACAAGUGCGCGUCCAAGAGAGAGAAAGAGAGAGAAAGAGAGAGAGAGAGAGAGAGAGAGAGCGAAAGCGAGCCGAUUGGUGUUCAGUGCAGAGUGUUACCGAGGUGCGACCGAAGGACAGCGCGAGCCUUCGACUUGGCGCCGGGCAGGCUUCAACUCCGUCGUCAAGUUCUGCGUGGAGCGACGGCUAGAUCAUCAAGUGGAGGUGGCGAGGCUGCGUCGUCACGGACUCGUCGAGGCGUGGAGAAAUUUGGAGGCAUCGAGGUGGUGGCAACUUGGGCGAGCCCUUGAGAGCCAAAGCCGGCCGGGGCACAUAAACACCCUAAGAUGUGAUUUUAAAAAUGGCGGAUUGCCCCUAUGCCCGCUGCAUACAGGAACGCAAACACAUUCGCCGGGAGCUGCUGCGAUGGACAAAGAAUAUGGUCUUCGUAGUCGGUCUGGAGCGGGUCGCGGAGGAGUUGAUGGGCCGUAGGAGAUGGAAGCAGUACCAAGACACCCUGUACAGCAGCGGCACUCGCAGCACCGACAACACAGCCACCGCUAUCAGCCAACAGCAGCUUCAGCUUCAGCUUCAACAGCUGGCCCAGCAGGUGCAGCAGGCAAAGCCGGGAGACUCAGCGAGCCAGUCACUGAAGGCAAGCCUAGCGAACAACCACAACGACCACAGCAGCGGCAGUCAGGGGCAGCAGCAGCAGCAGCAGCAGCAGCAGCAGCAGCAGCCGCAGCAAUCAAAGGCAGGAGUGUUGACAGAAGGCGUCGCCACGACAAACUGCACACUGGGCCUGGGGGGCGGCUCGUCGCCCCGACGCGCCGACGAGACGGGCGGCCCGGAGAACGGGCGGCUCGCGGAGGGCGCCCGCGAGAACGGCGGCGGCCCUCUGAGCGCCAGCCAGGAGAACGGCGACGGCGCGGGCGACGAGGACUCGGCGCCACUGCUGACGAGCAGCGAGCAGCAAGCGGCCAUCAAGAGGGACCAGCUCGAGGACAGGCUCAGGCCCAACAGCCACGACCAGCAGAGCAACGGGUCCCUCCUCGAGCACGCCGACGACACGGCGGGAACCAAGGAAGCGAAGGAGGAGACGGGCUUGGAGCCGAGAGUGCCGCUGACGCAAGGCCUGCUGAGGGUAAAGAAGGAGGAGGAGCUGCAGGAGAACUGCCCGAGCAGGCCGACUUCCACGCCGCUCCACAGCAGCAACAACAACGGGCCCCUGCACGUCAUCGCCGAGGCGAGGAGUGCCUCCACGCCUCCCAAGAAGGAGCUCUUACAGUUCUGCACGCCCUCGUUCGUGCUGGGCCGGCAUCAGAGCCCACCGCCCGAGGACUGGAAGCCGCUGGACAAGUGCUACUUUUGCCUCGAUGGCAAGUUGCCGCACGACGAGCAGCCGCCUCUUAGUCCGCAAAGCGACAGCAGCAACAGCUCCCGAUCGGCCGAGUCGCCGAUGUCGGUGCAAGUUGAUCCCAUGGCGGCGUCCAUGGUGGCUGCGGCCCUCGGUGGCACCUAUCCGACUCUGCUGCCCCAGUGGUGUCUGCCGCCCAGGGAACCACCACACGUGAUCGCAGCGGCUGCAGCUGCUGCAGCCGCCGCCGCCGCUGCCGCGGCAGCCGCCAACCAGGACAAUCAUGGCACCGACCAACCGCUCGAUCUCUCCGCCAAGCCCAAAAAUCCGCAGGACAACAACAUAUCUAUAUUGGAUCAACAAAAAAUACCUCUUCGAAUGUCAGCAGCCAUCGAUCCGAAAGCUAUUUUCAACAGCACGUGCUACCGGGCAAAGCCGAGGGUGACAGUAGCGGCGUCGGGCGCGACUGGUGGCCAAGCGGCCGGCAGACGAACCUACACGGAGGACGAGCUGCAGGCGGCACUGCGCGACAUCCAGAGCGGCAAGCUGGGCACGAGGCGCGCCGCUGUGCUGUACGGCAUCCCGAGGAGCACCCUGCGCAACAAGGUCUACAAGCUUGCCAUGGAGCGCGAGAGGGACGCGUCCCUCAACAACAGCACGAGCACACUUGCCGCCCCCGUCGCCGCCGCGGACACUGCGACCAGCGCUAACGCGUCCACCACCACCACCACCACCAACGCCACCACCAAUGUCGCCACCAGCAUCACCACCAACGCCAACAACACUACAAACACCAACAACCGACAUAACGCGAGCGCUCCGCUCGGCCAAGUGGACGAGGUGGACGACAAGGAGCUGUCUGGCGCAGAGGAGGAAAAGGAAGUGGAGAAAGCCCUGCUGAAGCCGCUGCUCUCGCUCGAAGAUCUCGUAAGGUUCUCUAGCUUAGAGGGUAGCGGCGGUGACUCGUUAAGGGCGCUACUGCAGCGCGGCAACGAAGCCGAUUGGCACGCCAACAUUGGCCCUUACAUCCAAAAGAUGCUCGCUGCUGCGGCUCCCUUCAAAGGCCAAGCAGCCGCAGCUGGUCAGUCGCUGAUCGCCGAGCCGAACCCCUACAAAAGAGGGCGCUUCACGCCUCCGCAACCGACGCAGCCACAGCAGACGGCGGCAGGAGCGAUCAUACAACAGACGACGCACCAGCAGUCGAAGCAGUCAGCCGCCCAGUCGCAGGACAAGCAGAAUCAGAACAAACAGAAUCAGGGUGGCAAGGGCACGCGACCGAAGCGCGGCAAGUAUCGCAACUACGACAGGGAUAGCCUGGUCGAGGCGGUGCGAGCCGUGCAGAGAGGCGAAAUGAGCGUGCACAGAGCCGGGAGCUACUACGGCGUGCCGCACUCCACCCUUGAGUACAAGGUGAAGGAACGGCAUCUCAUGAGGCCGAGAAAGAGGGAUCAGAAGCAACCGGACGACAAAGCAAAGGACGGCGCGGCGGCGGUGGCGGCCGCGGCGGCGGUGGCGACGGGCGCGGCGAUGCGCACGACAGCCUCGACGACGCCCGACAAGAAGCAGGCGGCGCUCAAGCCAAACCAGAAGCCGUUUGCGCCGGGCAGCGCGGCGUCCGGGGCCGGCGCCGCCGGUGGCGCUGGUAGCGGCGGCAGCGGCGCCGCUGCCGCGGGCAUCCCCGGCGGCCCGAACGGCAUGAAGAUGCCGCCGUUCAUCGACGGCAUGCCGCACCUGCCGUUCGCCCACCCCUUCAACUUUUGGGGGCCGACGCCGUUCAUGCCCGCGCCCUUCAUCCCGACCGGCGGGCCCAACGUUUCCGCGGCCAUCCUGCCCGAGCAGUACUUCGCCUCGCAGCGCAUGCGCGGCCUCCAGGACCAGCGCAACGCUAUCGGAGCGCGGGACGGCGCCGCAGCCGAGCAGCCAGGUACAUCGAAUUCCCGCGGCUCGCUGAUGAAGUCGCCGCGCGAGAUGGCCGAGAGCUUGUACGACGGCACCGCGGCGAACGGCAGCUUCCUGGACAACCUGAUCAGGUCGAGCCUGGAGUCCGGGAUACAACAGCGCGAGAGAGCGCUCGCGAACGCCAAUCAGUCCGAGAGCAAAGUCUUGAUCGACCAGCUGAGCAGGAACUCGAGGCGCAUGCAGCAGGACAGCAGCGAGGACGAGGCGGCGACGGCACCCAAAAGGCCCGAGCGAGUGCCGACCGUCGAGCUCAGCCCGUCGCCUUCGAGGCUCAACGACGAGGCUGGCAGUGAUCGAGGUCUCGCUUCGCCUGCCUCGCUUUCGUCCAGACUCAGCUGCUCUGCCAGGGACGACGAAGCCACGCGCGACUCCAGGAGUAGCCGAGAACGCGAGGUACAGAAUGGCGGCGGCAGCGAAAAGACAGUGGAGCGCCAGCAGCAGCAGCAAGAGCAGCAGCAGGAGUCCACAAAGAAGAAGCUGAACCACUACUCGGACAUACACAACCUCUACGCCGUGUCAACUGACAAAAAAAGUGCCUGUGAUAGUAAGCUUAUAGUAGAUCAUUCGAGCCCGACGACUCAGCAGCAGCAGCAGCAGCAGCAGCAGCAGCAGCAAAAAGAGUUGGCGGCCGGAGCUGGUGGCUUAGCCGUGCAGCUGCAGCGCGGCUACAACAGCAACAACAACGGCAACGGCAACGACUCCUCGAGCAACAGCCAACCAGCGACAUCGCCGCAGCCCUCGUCGCCGUCGACGCCCGCGGCGAUGGAGGAAUCGGUCGAGCAGUAGCGCGACAGUCGACAGGAUGUAUAAGUACUACUGUUAUACGCUUAAUCAUAUAGAAAUUGAGGGGCGGUGUGAGAGAUAGCAAAAAAAAAUAAAUAAAUAAAUAAAACGAGAGAGACGAUUAGGAGAUAUACUGAUAUGAACUAUACGCGCGCAGUUUACAUGAAACUUAUACGAGAGAAAUGCGAGAGACGUUCUUUCGAGAGAAGCGAGUUUGUGCGAAAGGAGCUUUAAGCAGAGCGAUAUACGCGAUGAUCGCUUAGGUCGUUUUGUUGAUCGACGAUGUGACCCUUCCGGUGAGGCCCUUUAUACGAUUAUACGAUUGAUACAUAACACAUACGCGAACACACACGCGCGCACGCACACGCACUCACACACACAGAUACACUUACCUACCCAAACCCUACAUCGACGUAUACUUCUCCUCCUUGAUUUAUGACAUUCGCGCGAGAGAGGUCGCAGAUAUAACGAAGCGUGAUGUUCCAAAGUUCGAAUCCUCAUUAUGUGUGCGUGUAUGUGUCUGUGUCUGUGUGCUUCGUGAUGAAAAUAAUACAUGUCCCUGCCUUUGAAAAGUGGAUUUUCAUUCUCGGUAUCAUCUAAUCUGCCAGAAUUUGCAACUAUCUAUAAUAGUUAUUUAACCACAACUACACAACGUAUUUACUGCAAUAGUUAGCUCCACUAAUACUAAGGUUAUACGAAAACAACCAAGCUUAGCACGUGUGCGAGACCAUUCAUAUCUUGUAUUAUACUGGAUUCCCCUUUGCAAUUUUUGCUCUCAACUAUCAAGAUGAAAGUUCACUUUUUCAAAAUGCAUGAUAUUUAUCUCAUCAACGAAAAUUUUUACUUCGACGUCACACAACGCAAUGCGCCUCUUUGUCAGCACACAUCUGGUCAACUGUCUAACAACAGCUAUUGAUCUCUCUCUCUCUCUCUCUCUCCUCUUUAUGUACCUAACUAUCGCCAUUCUAUCACUUGCAGCUUUAUCUUUUCUAUCGCUACAUACUAUUGACUCUAUCUCUCAACUUUCAUCGAAAUUACACCUUCACACGUUUUCUAUACAGUGUCCUUAAUACGAUAAUAGGUAAUGGAACGAAAAAAUGAAUAAAUAAAUAACGGCAGUGAUAAAACUGAGAAGGAUUA